AUGCUCUUCAACGUCUUCACCACCACUGCCAUUGCAGCUUGCUCUCUCCUCGCCGCUCCGGCUCUAGCCAAUCCCAUCGACACUCUUCCCCCUGGGCUGGAAUCUCACCUUGAGAGCCGUGCCAACGAUGUCACGGUCAAAUUCUGGACUACCACUACCUGCAGGACUUCGAGGUCCAAGAAGAGCUACAAUAGUGGAUAUUGUAUCAAAGCCCUAGCUGGUAAGGACCAUGCUGUUAGCAUGCAGGAGAGAAAGAAGAGCAGCUGCCACAUGAUUCGAUACAGGGAGAAGAACUGUCAGGGUUAUUCAGAGAAAGGCCUUAAUCUCCAUGAUUGCUUCAACAUUGGAGAUGAGUGGGAGUCUCUCAAGUUCAAGUGUUAA